AUGCGUCAUUUAUACAUCGUUGUGACGCUACUGCAAACAGUAAUGACGUUCACAGUGCUACCGUACAUCCAGAUAGACUAUGCUCACUAUUUCCGCCUGGCACAGUGCUUAGCAAAAUGCAUGCAAAAGUAUGGUGUUCCUUCUACACACCACCUUCUUGAUGGCUCCAUUGAAGAGUUUCUCGAUGUUCGAAACAAAGACGCUGAAGCGUGCGAUUCUGGAUGCCAUCAGCAUCGUCGUGUUCAUAAAAAAGGACAACCGGGGUUAACAAUGAGCUCAAUAGCUGAUGGACAACGAUUCUGGGCCGAGAGCAGUGCCGAAAGUGCAAGAGUUGGCUCCACAGUAAUUUCCACGGUGGAACUUAUAUGCCAAAAUCCAUCACCUGAUGAGGAAUUUGGAGAAUCCGCUGAAGGUUUCGUCAGCGUCUCACUUCUACGACCAAGUGGAGCCAUUAGAUUCAUCGUUCAAUGGAAGCAACGAACUCAGGUGAUGGGAUUCUAUGACGAAAGCCAAUGGGUCACAUCGUCGAUUGAAUCGAGCACCUUUUUCAAAGUCAAUGGACUCAUUCCCGGAGUACAAUAUCGGUUCAUGGUCACGGCGGUCGGACCUAGUGGAAGAAUUGGAAAUACCGUUUCGAGCUCAUGGACAGAAAUUUCGAGCAACUCUUCUCCAAAGGGACUAGACACAAUGUUGACCGUAAAAAACGGCUACAACUCUGACCGCGGUGUAACUGCCCAGAUCGAAUGGCCCCGUACACCUCUCGAUUCGUGCUAUUACAAGCUUCAACUAAGCAAUAGCUCUUUUCAAGUCACUAUCGAUAUCACUGCGGAUUCAUCUAAAUCCAUUCUUCUACCUCAUCUCGAAUUCGACACACUCUACUCGGUCACUGUAGCCGCUAUUUCUGUUGACAAGACUAAAAAGGAAACUCUUAACGUUAAAUCGACCGAAACAUCGGCUGAAGUGACAUUUCCUGGUCGCGAAUGCGAAUACGUGAUACAGUUGAUCAACUAUGAUCUAAUCGGACGAGAUGCUUCAGCGGAAGUCCGAGUUCUCAUUGAACCGAGCCUUCUGAUCCGCUUCAAUGAAAUUCUUCGCCCUAAAAUUGUUCUCGUAGCUGGUUGUGUAGUAUUCUUAUCAUUAUCCUGUGCUUUUAUUUGUUUCAGAUGUAGAAAAAAGUGCCCUCAUAGGGUGUCCGAAAAACAACGGAAAUUUGCCGACUACGCUUGA